AUGAUGGAACCUUCUACCCCCCCAAGAUCAAGUGCGGCGCAGUUUGAGACGCCAAGAGAACACAGGGCCAACGGGCCCGUCACGCCUGCCGAGGGCAGGCGUCCGUUGCAGUUUAACUUGAAGGCCUCGCUGCUGCCUCCACCGGUGCAGCAGCAGCAGCUGAAGUCGCCGGAGUACACACCAAGGCGCGGUUCGAUCAAGCGCAGACUGGGCCACGAGGAGAGCGUCCAGAUGGGCGCCGGCAGCAAUCUGUUUGGGAAGCUCGCAGAGGCUACCCUCGACCAGAAACUGCACAAGACAUGCCCAGGCACCCCGUCGCAUAAGAUCAUCGCCGAUCAUAAUAUCGAGGACUACGUGCAAGCACCCAGACCGGACGACGCCGACGACGACGACUUCGAAGACGUCGUCCAGGCUCCCCUAGCGAACCCAUUCGCUAACGAGAGCACGCUGACUAAAGAGGACUAUAGAAGACGUCAUGAACAGCUGCUGACAGACCAUCCGGAACUACAGAGUACGAUAACGUACUGCAACAAGGAUGGCGAUGUGGUCAAGCAGAAGACCCUGACGCAAGAAGAACAGGAUCGGUUCAAACCAAAAAAACUGUUUGCAGACCAAUUGGACAAAUAG